AUGACGACGAUGAGGGUACCAUUUAAAGUGAAGGCCCGUUAUGGGUGGUCGGGACAAGCCAAGGAGGACCUGGGCUUUCUCGAAGGAGAUGUGAUGGAGGUAUCGCGAGUCGCAGGUGAGUGGUACUAUGGGAGAUUACUGAGGAACAAAAAGUGUGCGGGCUAUUUCCCAAACAAUUUUGUUACGAUAGUUGAGGAGCGGAUCAACAGUGUUCAAUCAGUGGAUAGUGGCCGGUCAAAGCAGGCCCAGCAGGGACAACCUAUAUUGCAACAGAGUAAGAGUGGACUGCCGCCUAUUCCGACACGUAGCACCAAUCAUGAUAGCAGCAAAUACAGAUCUUCGCGACAGGCUUAUCAUUCCACACCAAAUCUCCCAGCAACAGCUAGUGGAUAUGAAAAUAACGCUCCAGUUGGAUCAAAUAAUGGCUACUCACGCAGAGCCGAAAUUUACGGGAUGAGACAACCAGGAUACGAUCAAUUGGCAAUGAAGAAAAGAAAUAAUAUUAACGAUAGUCUUACCAAGAAACCCAAUGUGAAUAAAUAUGAAGAUUUUGUGGAUACCCCGGCUCUUCCUCCAUUGCCUCAGUUGCAGUCUUCUAAACGUAACGGUAAACAUAGACAGCCAGUUAAGUCAUAUUCGUCGAAUGACCUACCAACUAGUCGCAGCAGAGAUCCAGCAGAUCAUUUUGUUGAUGACCAAAGAUUUUUUGAUGGUUUUAACUCAGGCAAGAGAUCCUCGGUGGAUACUAGUUCAGUUUCAUCAGGUGGACUGUUCUCUCAUUCUCAAUACAUGGACAACUCAGUGACAAGUAGUGAGAAUAGUUUUGCAAUCAUGAGUGAUUUUAGCGCUACUAGUGCUGGUUCAUUUGCCAGACAUAGAAAAGCACAAUCUUUUACUGAUUCUCUGGAGAGAUCAGAGAACGGUCACUUACAGUACGGAAAUAGUAUUGAUACUAAACAAGUGAAUGAUACGAAAACAGGAGGGUUUUGGAAGAGAUUCAUGAAUAAAAAUGACUCCAAUAAUAACGGUGUAGCCAACUCAUUAAGAACCAAUGAAAGUUUCCCAAAAUUACCUGAUUUACAAACUUUAGAUAUUUCCCCACACCAUAAUGACGCACAUGAUUGGUUGACUGUGAAAGCUCAUGUAAACAGAUCAAAAUCACUUACUAAAUAUGAAAAGCAUCCGAGAUAUAUGAGAGCUCUAGAACGUAAUCGUGAUCUGGUUCUACAUCCUCAAGAUGCAAUCUAUAAUGGCUUAAAUACUAACGAAAUUAGAGGACAUGGUAAGCCAGGAUCGGUGGAUAUUGAGUUGGCUGGUCUCAAUACUCAAUACAUUGAUUCUAUGACAUGGAAAAGAUGCUCUAAAAAUAGCACUAUGCGUCUAGAAAAUUGGGUAAGGACGACAUUUUCUGCAAGAUACUCUACAGACAUUGAGAAACUGAGAGGUAUCUAUAUUUUCUGCACUGAAAUGUUCAGUCUGAUAGAUGAUCAUGGUCAUUCUGACUUUUCUAGGGAACCAGCAAAUCUCGAAUCAGUUCUAUAUCAAAAAUAUUGUACACCUUAUGAAUUAACUUGUCUUUUUAAAAGGCUAGCAGUAUCAUUGAGUAUUCAAUGUGAAGUCGUGAUUGGAUUCUUAAAAACACCGUUUGCUGUAAAUCAUGAAUUUGAAUAUAAUCAUUGUUGGUUGAGAGUUCUUGUCAAUAAUGAAUGGAGGUUUAUCGAUGUAAUUUUAGGUAAUAUCACGAAUCCAAUCCAUGAGUUUGUAAAUAACAAACCAGCAAAAAGAGCAGAUGAUAGCUAUUUCUUAGUUGAACCUCUGGAAUUUAUAUAUACACAUAUUCCACCUAGUGAGUAUGAGCAACAUAUUGUUCCAAGUCUGGAUCAAUUGUCUAUCCUUUAUUUGCCGUUAGUGUUCCCUUCAUUUUUCAAAAACGGACUUGUUCUCUACAAGUUCAGCACCGCAUUAUCAUAUCUUGAAGAUAAUGAAAUAUACGAAUGCUCAAUAGAAAUUCCGAAUGAUAUAGAAAUUUUCUCUUCUGUUGUUGUAAACACUGAAGAUAAAAAUAAAGCUAAGCUAUAUCAAAAGAUGGAAUUGUCACUAGCGCAAGUACGCAAACACAGAACUGAGAGUGGUAAACGGGUUAUUGUGAUUAAAGCUGUUCUUCCCCCUGGUGUUAAAUCAGGCGCAUUGUAUAUACACUCCGGAGUCAGAGGUACUCAAACCACUAUUGCUAAUGUUCAUCCAUUAUCGAUGAUUAUUCCUUUAUAUCAUGAGGGUUCGGAGAGCAAAUACGAAUUCGUCUCUAAAGUACCAAAUGAAAAUAUCUUAAAGCUAGAGACCUACGUUAUGGAGCCACAAAAUAAGUAUUUGUUUCCGGAUAACGAGUAUAAUUUUGAGGUAUUACAACAUCCCUUUGAUGGUAUAAUGUACAACUCUACGGCGGCAAACCAAAACAUCAAGCAACCCAUAGCGAUAAAGUCACCAUCUGGUAAGAUAUACAAUCUAGAGAAAAAUGAUCCCCAUGUAUCAUAUGGUACAUGGAAAAAAACUAUUAAAGUUAAAGAAUCAGGGGUCUGGACUGGUAUGAUCCUAUCGGAUUGUGGUUUAGGUUGGGCCAAUUUCGCAGAGUGGUAUUGUAUCUAG